CAAAAAUGUCAUUCCGAAAAAGACAAUAAAACGUCAAUAAACAAAUUUGAGGCUACCAAAUACUUGGAUAUCAAAACUUCAGUAAUUUCCUACCGGAUUCAAAUCACAUUGGCUUUUCUCACGGCAGUGACGUGGUGACCGGGCUUUGCUGAACCGAUUCUAUUAAAGGCAUCGCCCAGAGAGCAUAAUUUCGGAUUCCAAUUUACAGCGCUUGGACACUCAUGGUCGAAUGCACAGGCCCGUUGUUCUUUAAGCUGAAUGAUGGAAAAGAAAUACCUGCGGUCGCUCUCGGCACAAGUCUUGGACAUUUAGCCGAUGGAACUCGGGUGCUGUCAGUGAAUCAUUCGUUGGCAAAGGCAGUACAAUGGGCGCUGGAGGCCGGCUACCGGCACGUCGACACCGCCUCGCUGUACCGCGUCGAGGACGAAGUCGGGCUCGGCGUGCGAGAGUUCCUGCAGGGCAGUAAUUAUACGAGGAAUGAUAUUUAUAUUACUACAAAGUUGUGGAACGACGCCCACGAGCGAGCUCAAGUGUUGCCAGCCCUCAAGAAAUCACUCGACGACCUGCAAAUGAACUACGUGGACUUAUACUUGGUCCACUAUCCUAUGGCGUACACGUCCAAUGGCAGCAUCAGCACAACAGACUACCUGACAACAUGGAAGGGCAUGGAAGAUGCGAAGAUGAUGAACAUGACCAGGUCUAUCGGGGUGUCGAACUUCAACCUGUCGCAGAUGAAGAGACUCUGGCAUCACGCGAAGAUCAAGCCUGCUGUGCUGCAGAUUGAGGUGAAUCCAACCAUUACUCAAGAGAAGCUAGUAGACUGGUGUCAUAACCACGGCGUGGUGGUGAUGGCUUACAGCCCGUUUGGGGCUGUGCUGGGCAGAAAGAAGGAUGGACCACAACCCAGAGCCGACCACCCCCUGCUGCUGGGACUAGCGCACAAGUACAACAAGACUGUUCCACAAAUACUGCUUCGAUAUUUGCUGGAUCGAAACAUAGUAGCAAUACCACGAUCGACGAACAAGCACCGUAUCGCACAAAAUAUCAAUAUAAUGGACUUCAAACUAAAACCGGAGGAGGUUCGGGAACUUUCAGCCUUCAACUGCAACUACAGACUCAGGACUCCAGUCAAGUGGUACGACCACCCGCACUUCCCCUUCGAAAAGAAAAACUUAACUCAAGAGCAAAUUAAUUACAUCAUCGAACAUAGCAAAGAGGAUUAAUGAUUCUGAUAACAGUUGGUGAGAGUUAAUGAUUUACAACGAAAGGUUAAUUUUUGAGAUCGAUAGAAAUGCUAACCAGCGGAAAGAAAAUGAACAAAAUGUAUUUAAUGUGAUGUCACCCUAAUAAAAAUAGAAAAAUCACGAUUAA